GCUUAGCUUAACGCAGCGCUGAGCCGGGCGUACUCCGGUUUCAUAGUCAAAUUGAAACCCCUCCGCGGUGACCUGACCUUCCCGGGGCCGGAAAGGGUGUCCGAUGACUGACUUGGUGGGAGGGCAGGUGGCCAUGAACGGCAGGGCCCGGAAAGAGGCAAUCCAGGCCACAGCCAGGGAGCUUCUCAAGUUUGUGAACCGGAGUCCGUCUCCUUUCCACGUCGUGGCUGAGUGCCGCAGCCGGCUCCUUCAGGCUGGCUUCCGUGAACUCAAGGAAACAGAGGGCUGGGAUAUCUUACCAGAAAACAAGUACUUCUUAACCAGAAACUCCUCCUCCAUCAUCGCUUUUGCUGUGGGGGGCCAGUAUGUUCCUGGCAAUGGCUUCAGCCUCAUUGGGGCUCACACGGACAGUCCCUGCCUCCGGGUGAAACGCAAAUCUAGACGAAGCCAGGUGGGCUUCCACCAGGUUGGUGUGGAGACCUACGGUGGUGGGAUCUGGAGCACGUGGUUUGACCGGGACCUGACCUUGGCUGGACGAGUCAUUAUCAAGUGCCCUACCUCAGGUCGCCUGGAGCAGAGGCUUGUACAUGUGGAGAGACCCAUUCUGCGCAUCCCGCAUCUGGCCAUCCACCUGCAGAGAAAUAUCAAUGAGAACUUUGGGCCCAACACAGAGACGCACCUAGUGCCUAUUCUUGCCACAGCAGUUCAGGAAGAGCUGGAGAAAGGGACUCCUGAGCCAGGACCUCUCAGCGCUGCUGAUGAACGGCACCACUCAGUCCUCAUGUCCCUGCUCUGUACCCACCUGGGACUGAGCCCUGAAAACAUCGUGGAGAUGGAGCUGUGCCUGGCAGACACUCAGCCUGCAGUCCUGGGUGGAGCCUAUGAAGAGUUCAUCUUUGCUCCUCGACUGGACAACCUUCAUAGCUGCUUCUGCGCCCUGCAGGCUUUGAUUGAUUCCUGUGCAUCCCCUUCCUCCUUGGCCAGGGAGCCACAUGUGCGCAUGAUCACGCUCUACGACAAUGAAGAGGUGGGGUCAGAAAGUGCCCAAGGAGCACAGUCUCUGCUGACGGAGCUGGUACUGCGGCGCAUCUCAGCCACACCUCAGCGUCUGACCGCCUUCGAGGAAGCCAUACCUAAGUCCUUCAUGAUCAGUGCAGACAUGGCCCAUGCUGUGCACCCAAACUAUGCGGACAAGCAUGAAGAAAACCACCGGCCCUUAUUCCAUAAGGGUCCUGUGAUCAAGGUGAACAGCAAGCAGCGCUACGCCUCUAAUGCAGUGUCAGAGGCUCUGAUUCGAGAGGUGGCCAGCCAAGUUGGGGUGCCCCUGCAGGACCUCAUGGUCCGGAACGACUCCCCCUGUGGUACCACCAUUGGACCUAUCUUGGCUUCUCGACUGGGGCUUCGGGUGCUGGACUUAGGUAGCCCCCAACUGGCCAUGCACUCUAUUCGGGAGACAGCCUGUACCACUGGAGUUCUCCAGAGCCUCACCCUUUUCAAGGGUUUCUUUGAGCUGUUCCCCUCUGUCAGCCGCAACCUCUUAGUGGACUGACUUAGUGGACUCUUGGCGAGGCCUGUCUUCUCUCACCCCUGGGACCGAAGGGGAGGUCUCAGUUUAGCUGAAGCUGGAUUAUUAAAGUGGAUUUUCACCCAGCUCUGUUGUGCUUCUUCAGAAGCUGCGUGGUGGGGAAUUGAGCCUGCCCUGAGCCUCUGGAACCACAGCAGAGGUGAAGGUUGGGGUGCAGUAAAGAAUAAAGUCCUAGAAAUAAAAUUAAGGAACUGAAUGUACUUGUACUUAAAAUUCAGGUAAGUACUGUUCAGUUGUCCUCCUUGCAUCUCGCCUGUAUCAGAAGCUCAUGUUUAUAGGGACUUCACACCACUCCUUUUUUAUGGUUUUAGAUUUAUUUUAUGUGUAUGAGUGUUUUGCCUGUGUGUGUGUGCCUAGUACCCAUAGAGACCAGAAGCCCUGGUUCUUCUGUAACCAGUUAUGAAUCACCAUGUAGAUGCUGGGAACUAAACCCAGGCCCUCUGCAAGAGUAACACAUAAGUAACACUGAGCCAUCCCUCCAGCCCCUGCUUCCCACUUCUCAAAGCACUUUCAUUCCUUGUGAUUUUGAUCUAGACUUUUAAGAGGUUAGAAUACGGUACUGGAGAGCCAGCUCAGUGGUUAAGAACACUGACUGCAUGCCAACAGGUGUCUCCCACCUUUAAUCCCAGCAGUUGGGAGGCAGAGGGAGGUGGCCAGCCUGGUAUACAGAGCAAGUUCCAGGACAUCCAGGGAUACUAAGAGAAGCCCUGUCUCAAAAACAAACAAAUAACAAGACCCACGUUAGUUCCCAACCAUCUAACUCCAGUUCCAGGGGAUCCAGUGCCCUUCUUCUGACCUACAUGGACACUGCAUGUACACCCAUGUCAUGUAUAGACAUACAUGUAUACAAAAUACUCAUACACAUAAAAAUCUUUCUGAAAAGAUGACUCAGCAAAGCCAUGUAUGUGUGUGCUAUAUAAACAGACUUAUUUAUUGAUUGGCUUGAAAAGUAUUGACUCUGGAGAGAAUGUGGGUAUUGAUUACACUGUUUCAAAUUUUGUAUGCAUGUAAGAUGUUUUAUAAUAAAAAGGUGAUGGUAAAUUUAAAAAUUCAAAACCAGAAGUGAUGAGGGGGAGGAAUCAGCAGUAUGAAGAAUUUAAGAUGGUAGGCUUAAGCCAAGUGCAUGGUGGUGCAUGCCUGUAUCCCCAGUACUCACUGGGGAGGUUCAGACCAGAAAUUCCAGUUUGAGGCUAGGACCUGUCUCCAGAAACAGGAUAAGCAAACUAUUUCACAAUCUGCUAUGUAAAAAGAAAUGAUAAAACCAAGGAGUAGAGCUGUAGCUCAGUGGGUAGCACUUGCUGAGGAAGCAUGAGGUCCUGAGUUCCGAUCUCAGCUCCCAUGUGAAAACAUCAGACAUGCUGUAACCCCAGUGCCAUAGGAGGUAAAGACGGGAGAAUCACUGGGGUGUGCUGGUCCCAGCCUAGUUAUGGUCUUAGAGAGACCCUGUCUCUAGGAAAUAAGGUAGGGAGAUAGUGAUGUUUCCUGACCCCCCCCCCCAUCACAGGUGUACACACCACAUGCACAGGAGCGCAUAUACAGUCCACACACAACUGCAAAACCAAAAAAAGAAUAGGUGGACUAAAUAGCUCAAAAGCUUGUCAGACUAAAUACUUUUAAAUUCGUGGCUGUGUGACCCACAUGGCUGGAGGUAAGAUGGAAGAAUACAUGAGAGCUUUACUCUUGGCAAACUAGAUGACUGUUGUACCAUAGGUGGUGAAUUUUUCAAACAAUCAAAGGUUUUUGAAAUUCUGAGAUGGGUGUGAACCAUAGAUUUUUUUUUUAAUUUAUUUAUUUACUUAUUAUGUAUACAAUAUUCUGUUUGUGUGUAUGCCUACAGGCCAGAGGAGGGCACCAGACCCCAUUACAGAUGUUUGUGAGCCACCAUGUGGUUGCUGGGAACUGAACUCAGGACCUUUGGAAGAACAGCCAGUGCUCUUAAUUAACCUCUGAGCCAUCUCUCCAGCCCCACCAUAGAUUUUUUAUAGUUGGCAGCUGUUGAAGGACUUCACAGUCGGAAGGUAGCUUGACAGUUGGAGAGGUCUGGUUUCUAUGGUGGUCUGUAGUGUGACUCAAUUCAGAAAAGGAUCUCUGUGACUUCAUCACUAGUGGUUCCUUACCAGAGCCACCCAGGCAACAAGAAACAGGCCACUGUCUCAUGGUUGAGAGUUGUGCUGUGAUGGGUAGCGUAUUAGUUCCUUUUUAUGCUAUGAUGCUAUCAUGGUGAAGAAACUUAUGCAAGGAAGCGUUUGGGGGCUUAUGGUUCCAGAAGGAUAAUUCAUCAUAGAGGGAGAUCACAUCUCAACAGACAUAAGAAGCAGAAAGGGCAAACAGAUGAGGCUUAAAGCCCACACACACAGUGACAUACUUCUUCCCAAAGGCUUCAUAACCUUUCCAAAUAGUACCACCAACUGGGGACCAGUGGUUUGGUACCUUAGCCUUUGAAACCAUUGCUCAUUCAAACCACUGUGGGUGACGUUCUAGCUUUAAUUGAAGGAGCUGCUGCCCUGCUGUCACGUCAACAAGAUUUGUCUACACAGUUCCCCAAUGGUCCUCAGUUUGCUGAAGACGCCUUUCAGUGGGCUCCAUGCCUGCCGGUUACCACCCUCACCUAGGAUUGCUCUAAUUGCAUGAGCUAUAGUUCAAUAAUGGUUUCAGAAGACCAGGUUACAGUGUGAAACAGCCAUGGCCAAAUACGUGACAAAGAGACAUUUUUUUUCUACCUAUGGUACUAUGGAGGGAAGAUAAAAGAUACUAUUUGUUACUCACAUUUGGGCUGCAUUUGUGACCAAAAUAAAUGUCUAACUUAAAGAAUGUAUAAAGUACUUAGAUGAAAGACCAAAAAAAAAUGGUUGACAGCAUCACCAUGUAUGAUCUGACUUUUUGUUUGGUUUGGUUUUCGUGGAGUACAUUGAAAGAUGUAAGAUUGGUUCCCUGCUCUAUUACUUGGCCUUCUUUUCUUGAGACAGGGUCUCUCGUUGAACUUGAAGACGAAGACCUCGCGAUCCUCUUGUCUCGAGGAUCAAGGAUGUCUCGCUGCCCCUGAGUGCCAGACUUACAAGCACACACAUGCCAUACCCAGCUUUUCACAUGGAUUCUAGGGAUUUGAACUUAGGUCCUCAUACUUGCACAGCAAGCACUCUCACCCUCUGCACCAUCUCUCCAGUCUCUGUUUAGAAACAAAGACUAAGUUACAUAGGCCAGCCUUGAACUUGGAGUUCUGCCUCAGCCUCUAGCAGCGGGGACUACUGACCUGCACUACAAGGGCCAGCUUAUUUUCUGAGUCAUUGCUUCUGUUUGAUGGUAUUUUAUUUAGGGCUUUUGCAUCUACAUUCAUAAAAUUACUUUACAGUUUUUGUGCUAUCAGGUUCAGUUAUCAAUGUUAUGAUUAGAGACGUUUUAAUGUUCUGAAAAAUUUUAAUAACAUUGGGACUUAUGGAAGGCUGUAGAAUCUCUCUGACAAAGCAUAUGGAUUUAAUGCUGUUCUGGGAAAUCCUUUCAUAACUUUACUGUGCAGAAACCGGUGUGCUUAAGCUUCUGCCUCUAAAGGGAUCGAUUUCACAAAUUUCAUGUAAUUUCUCAUGUAGGCAUUCAUAUUUGUUUGCAAAUUCUUUAUAAAGUCAUCUGUUUAAGUUUGCUUCUGUUAAAUUUCCCCUCGUUAUUUCCCCCUCCUUAACUUCCCCUCCUUCCCCCUCCUUACCUUCCUCAUUCCUCCCUCCUUACCUUCCCCCCAUUCCUCCCUUCUUACCUUCCUCUCCUUCCCCCUCCUUACCUUCCUCAUUCCUCCCUCCUUACCUUCCCCCCAUUCCUCCCUUCUUACCUUCCUCUCCUUCCCCCUCCUUACCUUCCUCAUUCCUCCCUCCUUACCUUCCCCCAUUCCUCCCUCCUUACCUUCCCCCCAUCCCCCAUCACCUUCCUCCCAUUAUCCCCACCUUACCUUCUCCCCAUUACCCCCACCUUACCUUCCCCCCAUUCCCCCUCCUUACCUUCCCCUCAUUAUUGGUUCCUGUCCUGGAACUAGCUCUUGUAGACCAGGCUGGCCUCGAACUCACAGAGAUCCACUUGCCACUGCCUCCCGAGUGCUGGGAUUAAAGGCGUGCGCCACCACCGCCCGGCUAAGAUUUGUUAAUUCCUCAAUUUUCUUAGCUAGAACUUUGUUUGAUACAUUUUUUUUUUCUCCAAGUACCAACAUUUCAGUUUGUCAGUGCUAAGUGUGGUUGUGACAAACGCUGGUGUGGGUCAUGUCCAUUACUGGAUUCUCCCUUUGCAGGCCAGGGUUAAGCGUGGAGAUGCUGCUGGUGGACUCAGCUCCUAGUGCCUGGAUGGCAGCCCCUUGCCAUCAGCGUCUGUAGUACUUUCUGUGUCUUAACUAUUCUGUAACAUAAGACUUUUGUAGGAUGUACAAACAGGUUCGGACUCUGGCAACUGCCUGUGUUAUUUGUUUUUUUUUUUUUGGUUUUUUUUUUUUUUUUUUUUUUGGUUUUUCGAGACAGGCUUUCUCUGUGGUUUUGGAGCCUGUCCUGGAACUAGCUCUUGUAGACCAGGCUGGUCUCGAACUCACGGAGAUCCGCCUGCCUCUGCCUCCCGAGUGCUGGGAUUAAAGGCGUGCGCCACCACCGCCCGGCUUUGCCUGUGUUAUUUGUAACAGUAAAAUGCAGAAGGUCCUUAUUGAAGAUCCUGCCGGCAACUGUCCUACCACUCUGUGUAGAAGGUGGUCCUACUGCCACUGUCAGUGUCUAUACUUGUUUGCCUGAGCACUUCUUUGUACUGCUUUUCUUCUUUUUUAAAUGUUUAUGGGUGUUUUGCCUACAUAUAUGUAAAUCUACCAUGUGAGUGUCUGAUGCCCAAAGAGGUCAAAAGAGAGUGUAGGUCCCCUGUAACUGGAUGUAGGCUUGUCUGUGAGCCAUCAUACGGGUGAUGGGAAAUGAAGCUGGGUCCUCUGCAAGAGCAACAAGUGCUCUUAAAUGCUGAGCCAUUUCUCCAGCCCUGACAAGAGUGGUCUACUCAAUCACAUCAGUGGAAGUGCUAGGGAAUUGUGCUCCUUACUGCAGGGCAGCUCCACCCUAGAGUAACAAGGCUUGCGUGUGUGGAUCCUCCAGCUUCCUCCUGUCUUGGGCUCACACUCACUCAUCAGGAACAUCAGAAUCCAGCCUCGUACCUGCCUUUGUGUUGGCUGCUACUCCAGUACUGGGAUCAACAGUGUGAGCAGCUGGGCUCUGCAUUCAAAUCUCCGUCUCAGGGUCUGCCUCUGAGGAAGUCCACCUGAAUCAGAAUGCCUUCGACAAUGAGAGAUGGACAGAAAUGUCUGUUCUUAACCGUCUGUUCUACAGAAGAGGGGUAAGAAAUGGAAAAAUACACAUGGAUUGGAAAGGGAGGAGCAAAGCUUUUUUUUUUUUUUUGAUACCCUUGGUUACAUAGAAAGUCCCAAAGAUAUUCAAAUUAAUAAGAACAUUUAUCACAAAAACUGGCUGAAAAAAAUCAAUGUACCAAAAUCAAUUUCCAUUUCUAUCUUCUAGCAAUGACUAGUUAGAAAAUGAAAUUUUAAAGAGGCUUGCUUCUACCAAGUAUUCGAAUGAAAUACCUGUGAUUAAAUAUAAAAGAUUUCCUAGAUCCCUACAGAGAAAAUGUGGUUCAAAUAAAUUGACAGGGUUUAUUUUUUUGCUUGUAGAUGCAAAACUCAUUGUAAAAAAUAUAUCAUUUAUCCUUCAAAUUAAUAUAUAGGCUUAGUAUGAUCCUAUAAAAAUGCCAGCAGGUUCCUUCCUGUUCUUAAUUUUCUCUUUUUGUGCAAGUUUACAAGCUGAAGCAUGCACACACACACACACACGAAUGCAUGCACACACGGAAUUAGUCAAGACACUUUAAUUAUAUUUAUUUAUUUAUUUGGGAGUCAUGUAUAUGCCACAGUACACAUAUGGAGGUCAGAGGAUAACUCGAGGGACUCACUUCUCUCCUCUCUUUGGGUCCUAGGGCCUGAACUCAAAUGGUCAGGCAUGGUGACAAGUUCUUUACCUACUGAGCCUUCUUAUUAAUCAUAUAUUAUAUAUACAUACAUACAUAGAUACUGUCUAAAAACGUAAUAUAUAUAUGAUAUAUAUGUGCCUCUAUGCAUUGGCUCUAGUCAAGGUAGUUUAAUGAAGAUAAUGGCCCUACUAGUACAGAAGCUCAUUAUAAAGCCUCAGUCAUUGUAACAAGUCUUUCUCUGACUCGCCAGCCCAAAUGAUGACACAGAGACUUAUUACUAAUUAUGGAAGUUCACCAUGUAGCUUAGACUUGUUCCUAACUAGCUCUUAUAACUUAACCUAUAUUUUUAUUCAUUUGUGUUCUAUCACGUGGCUUUUUAUCUUUAUCCCAUUCUGUGUAUCUGACUCGUUCUGCAUCUGGCUGGCUCCUUUGCCUCCCUUCUUCCCAGAGUUCUUUCUGUGCCUGGAAGUCCACCUAACCUCUUCCUGCCUAGCUUUGGCCAUUUAGCUUUUUAUUAAAUCAAUCAGAAGGCACCUUGUCAAAGACACGUCUUAAAAGAUUAUUUUACAACAAGUAAUUAAGACAGUAUAUUUAUUACUAAUUAAGAAUGAACUGGCCAAUAGAACAUAAAAGAUGCAUGAACUGCUGAUACUUGAUUUAUACCUUAAGUGAUAAUUCAGCUGGUCUUUUCAAAAAUGAAACAUGAAAUUGAAUCCAUAUAGAAAAAUGAAAUUGGAAAAUAAU